UAUGAAAAUUAAAAUUAUGUUGUGAUUCUGGGUUUUACAAAGUUUUCUUUCCUUUCUGUUUUGGAUAACGAUUUGGAUAACGAGUGGAGUGGUAAAGAACGAUGAUAUGCAGACAAAUAAGCUGAUAUCAGCACCAUGGCUGAUGAAGCUCGUUUCUGUGAAGACGGGGAAAAUAAGGAUGUGCCCAGUGAAGACGAAAGUGGAGUGUUGUUUUAUGUCAAUAAGGAUGGUUUUCCAAUAGGUAAAAAAACAUGGGAAAGAAUGUGGCGCCAUGUGGAGAAAAUACAUCCCAAAGGAGCUCAAAUGGUGCAUAGUGUACGGAACAGUCAGCAGCUAGCAAAGGUGCCAUAUGCAACAGCUCCUGUGUUUACACCCGUCAUGUCAGUGGAGGAGAAGCUGGGAAUGAUUCACGACUAUUUGCAACAACUACAAUACAAUCAUACAGGAACUCAGUUUUUUGAAAUUAAGAAGUGGAGGCCAUUGGCAGGACUUAUGGAUACAGCAAGAGAAAUGAUAAAGGAAUCCUUACCUAUUAAAUGUCUUGAAGCUGUUAUUGUUGGACUGUAUCUCACAUGUGGUAUGACUGAGCUACAACGGUUUACAAUAAGUUUUAAAACACAGUUUAAUGGACACUGCUACAGGCAUGUGGUUCUUGGUGUGCACCACAAUGGAAAAUUUGGGACAUUGGGACUAAGUAGGAGAGAUGACCUGAUGUUCAAGCCCCUAAAGUUUAAAAGCCUCUGGGAGUUGCUAGAAGAUUUUACGAAGUCGUAUAACAAUUACCUCCAUACUGUGAAGAAAAUCAAAUUAAGUCUGCCUGUAGUUCAUGAUAUCCACAGCUGUGAGAGAAUUCAGUGGAAGUACCUAAUACUGAGCCCUCUGAAGACAAGUCAACUUGAAAUGAAAAGCUUUCUGGAUAGGUUUUCAAGAGAGAUCAGAAUCUCGUAUCGUCCGUACUAUAUCAGCUCACCAAGAAAACCUGACAAUCCCACUGGAGGUUCCACGCAACUUUCACCGCGAAAGGACAGGGCCAAACAGUGCAGCCCGCCAAAGACAUAUCAUGUGAGGGUAUGACGACGUCUUGACGUGACACCUGUCAAUUAAUCUUUUAACACAAUGUGGUGUUACUAAGAUGGGUCCACUCAACAACUCCUUAUUUAAUGACAGUAGAAAUGGGAUUCAUCCACUUAUCACCUGUAGCCUGUCCUGCUUGCACCUCAGUAUUGUUCGCAGCGUGUCUUCUGCUGAAUCGACAUCGCAUCGAGGCUAUUGCAAAGACACUGAGAACUAAUGGACUUCCUUUACUCGAGUGUUGUCAACUGUUGCUGAAUUUAGGAGUGUUGGAAGAAUUAACCAGGCGUUUAGAGACUUCAAGAAAGGCAAAUAUUUAUUUUUAAUCCAACUCUUUGUAAUUAAAUACCACUAAUUUCUUUACAACAAAACAAAAUACUAUAAAUAAAUAUAAAUACAAAACAUAACUAAUAAAUAAAUAAACACACAAAUCC